AUGUACCAGCGAGGAGGAACUACAACAGGCAAAUGCGGAGAACACUGCGGAGAAACCAAGCGGCAACAAGGCCACCAUCGUCAAGAACACGGCUCAGCUCUCCAAGAUCCCACGUCAUAUGCUCUCCACGGUUCCACAUCAAAUCAUCACUCAGCAAGCGGAGAACACCACUGCAACUUGGCCUGUUAUCCCCACUACAUUGAGGAGCAAGAGGAGGAACUACAACAGGCAAAUGCGGAGAACACUGCGGAGAAACCAAGCGGCAACAAGGCCACCAUCGUCAAGAACACGGCUCAGCUCUCCAAGAUCCCACGUCAUAUGCUCUCCACGGUUCCACAUCAAAUCAUCACUCAGCAAGCGGAGAACACCACUGCAACUUGGCCUGUUAUCCCCACUACAUUGAGGAGCAAGAGGAGGAACUACAACAGGCAAAUGCGGAGAACACUGCGGAGAAACCAAGCGGCAACAAGGCCACCAUCGUCAAGAACACGGCUCAGCUCUCCAAGAUCCCACGUCAUAUGCUCUCCACGGUUCCACAUCAAAUCAUCACUCAGCAAGCGGAGAACACCACUGCAACUUGGCCGUUCCACAUCAAAUCAUCACUCAGCAAGCGGAGAACACCACUGCAACUUGGCCUGUCAUCCCCACUACAUUGAGGAGCAAGAGGAGGAUCUACAACAGGCGAAUGCGGAGAACACUGCGGAGAACAUUGCGGAGACAGUCAUCAGCAGCAGUGACACAACAGGCCUACUCUCCACGGUCUCACACCAACCCGAUACUCAGUAA